GAUUGAACUGUGUUUUCUCAUAAAACUGUACUUUCCAGUUCUGAGAAUGCUUAUUGUUUGCGAUUUGAUUACUAUUUGCUUGCUAAAGUUGGAAGUUCUGAAAUAAUGUAUGCAAAAGGCAAUUGAAUCGUUCUGUGACGUGAAUUCCAUUUCCUUAUCGUCUAAUUGAUCGCGAUUGCAGACGAAUCCUGAUAUUUCGUUCAGAUUUGCUUAACUAAUAACUGCUUGUUGAUGUGUUUUUGAUCGUUCUUUGUAUUCUAUAUGAUGACCGGAUUGGAGUAUAUUACUUAGCUGCAGUUUUGACUAAGUGCAUAAUUGAGAUCAAGAUAAAGUGAAUUAAGAGCCGAACUAUUAAGCAUUAAGGAUUCUACACAUCAAGCUAAUGUUUAAGUGAUUGAUAUUGGUUGAAUAAUAGCAGCUUCACUAACAGAUUUCUGUCUGGAGUUGCUUUCUUCCCAUUUGCAAAGAGAGUCCAAUCUUUCCAGAAGCGCCAGAUUGCCAGAGAGAUCAUCUUCAGUUAAAUUCCCCUUCAUUCUUUGUACAUGUCAAUAUCAUGGCUGACAGAAGCAAUGUUAAAGCUUAAUUGGAACUUAAAAGUGCAUGUGAAUGCUAGGUCCAAUUAGCACUCACAAACGAAAUGACCUUGCUGAUAUCAGAUCCAAUGGGAAGCACAUAUAGUUUAUUGGUCAUAGGUUUUCUUUUCUUUUCUCCUCGUUUUAAGUUCAUGAUGUGAAGGUGGCACAUAUUCAAGACUGCAGAUUAAGGUAGGCUUGUUCUUGAUGGACAAUCAACUCAACUGGUCUCUGAAAUUUCCUGUUCUCAUUCCCUUUAUCACAUUUAGAAGAAAUUUGAUUUUGUGAUCUAUUUGCUUUCACCAUAGGUAAAGAUAAAGUGAUGUCCUGUGUGUAGAUGGACAUGGACUGACUUCUUCUUCUUCGUCUUCUUCUUCAAGAAUCAAGUAGAAUCAAGUGAUUAUGAAAUGGUUACUAUCCACACAGAUUGGGAACUUGCAGUUGCUCAAUGGCUUCAUUUUAGUCGUUAUUAUGGGUUCUUGUAGAAAUAUUUGUUUGAUGAGUCGAUCUGUUGGAGUCUUGCUGGUUGGAGAUUUUGUAGUUGCUGGGUUCAACUGGUCUGCCACCUGCGAGAAACAACAUUCUCAUGGAUUUUAGCCUGGUUUGAUGGGAAAAUAAUAUGCCUUUGUAGGAUUUGUGCUUUUCCCUUAACUUCUUGCUAAAUGCAGGUAUUUUGAGCUCAUUCCCAGAGCUUAGUUGGCCUUGAAUUCCAUUUUAAAUACUAAAUGGCGGAGACAGCUCUUCAUCAUUCUGGCUCACUAAACUCUUUGGAUCUUCCUCCUGGAGUGCUUGUUCCAAUUGAAGAACCAGUAUGUGAUACAGAUGCAAACGUUGUUCUUGAUAAAGGAUGCAUGGAAUUCGGGUGUCCACAUUAUCGCCAUAGGUGUCGUAUUAGAGCUCCAUGCUGCAACGAAAUUUUUGGCUGUCAUCAUUGUCAUAAUGAGGCUAAGAACAUUAUUUCUAUUAACUGGAAGCAUAGACAUGACAUUCAACGGCACCAUGUUGAAAAGGUUAUAUGCUUACUCUGUGACACUGAACAAGAUGUUGGUCAAGUUUGUGUUAAUUGUGGAGUGUGCAUGGGAAGAUACUUCUGCGAAACAUGCAAGCUGUUUGAUGACGACGUAUCAAAAAGGCAGUAUCAUUGUACCGGAUGUGGUAUAUGCAGGAUUGGAGGUCGAGAAAAUUUCUUUCAUUGCUAUAAAUGCGGAUGCUGUUAUUCAGUUGUUUUGAAGAAUAGUCAUCCUUGUGUUGAAGGAGCAAUGCAUCACAAUUGCCCGGUUUGCUUUGAGUAUCUAUUCGAAUCUAGAAACGACGUAACCGUGAUGCCAUGUGGGCACACAAUUCACAAGAACUGUCUGAAGGAGAUGCGAGAACAUUAUCAGUAUGCAUGUCCUCUUUGUUCUAAGUCGGUUUGCGAUAUGUCAAAGGUGUGGGAGAAAUUUGAUUUGGAAAUUGCUUCAAGUCCAAUGCCAGCGCCUUACACACACAAAGUGGUAUGGAUAUUGUGCAAUGAUUGUGGAUGUAGUGGAGAGGUGAAGUAUCAUAUUGUUGCUCAGAAAUGUUCUAAAUGCAAGUCUUACAAUACAAGGAUAACUAGGGGUGAAUAAGAAUAUGAAGGUGGUUGAUAUAUAUUUUCAUUACACUAUAGUUUUCCCUUUUUAUGCAACAAUCCUACAUGUUUUUUUCCAUAUUACUUUAGCUGUUUCAUGUAAACUAUAUUUUAUAUGCAUUACUGCUGCUCUAUACUCUUU